CACCUUCCCCGUUAAUGGUGGAUGACUUCAUAAGGAUCCAAAGUCCAAAGGCGUAAUUAAAGUGGAAGAAAAUGCGUGUCCUUUUUAGUCACGGAAAGCAGCUGCAGCGGCAAGAAGACGAGGAAAUGGGGACAUUGGGAAGCUGCCGCUGCCACAGCAUUGAACGCUGCACAGCAACCUCUACAAAUUAUUAACUCGUAUAUUUUCAAUUCAAUCGAAUCCUCUCUCUCCUCUGCCUUUCUCUCUCUCUCUCUCUGUCUCACUCUCUCGCUUCUCGGUCAAAACCUCUACUUCACCGAGUGAUCCGAGUCGGCCGAGUCCGCUUUCGCAACGCGGAAUCGUCACCCACCAUUAAAACAACUUCCCUAUUCAUUUCCUUUGAAGAUUCAAAAACCCACCAAUCAAAGCGAGAGGCUUUGGAUUCCUUGGGAAAUUUUGACUGUGCCCAGUUGCUUGUUUCUUCUAAAGUUUCAUGGCUUCGGCGGCGAUAUUCUCAUCGAUGCGGAGGCGGAGGUCACCUUCUCUGGAGGCAUUUUUAGCUCCGGUUGACCUUUCCGACGUCGCCCUUGUACAAACCCUUGUCUCCGUCGCUGCCGACAUAGUUUCCUCCUUCUCAGACAAGUUCUUAUCCAUCCAGCGGCGGAAUUCGAGGUCCCUGGUGCGGAAAGUUGAGAUCUUUCUCGUGCUCUUGGAGUAUCUGAGGGACUCCGACGCUGCCCUGCCGUGUACGGCGGUCAUCUGCCUGAAAGAGCUAUACUUGCUGUUGUACAGAUCCAAAAUACUCCUCGAUUACUGCGCCCAAUCGAGUAAGUUGUGGCUUUUGCUUCAGAACCAUCCAAUUUCCGGCCAUUUUCACGAUAUGAAUCAGGAAAUUUCGACCCUUUUGGAUGUUUUUCCGAUGGAGGACGUCGGAUUGGGGGAGGACGUGAGGGAGCAGAUUGAGCUCCUGCAGCUACAGGCCAGGAGAGCGAGGCUGUUCAUCGACGAAGGAGACGAGGGGCUGAGGGUUCAGUUCUUUUUGUUUCUUGACGAAUUCGAGAAGGGCCGGGUUCCUGACUCGGCCGAUUUGUGGUUGUUUUUGGUUGAAAGAUUGGGGAUUCGAGACGCCAAGAGUUGCAGGCACGAAAUCGAGUUCUUGGAGGAGCAGAUUGUGAACCACGAAGGUGACGUUGAGCCCACCGUUUCGGUGCUCAAUGGGUUUGUGGCCUUCACUCGGUAUUGCAGGUUUUUGCUUUUCGGUUUCGCAGAAGACGAGGUUGAAUCGGGGAUUGGGAACAAUCAGAGGAAGCCUCGAAGAGGGUUGAUUACUCAGGAGAUUGGGGAGACUUUUAUAACGAUUCCGAAGGACUUUUGCUGCCCUAUAUCAUUGGAUUUGAUGAGGGAGCCGGUGAUCAUUUCGACAGGACAGACGUAUGAUCGGAGUUCGAUUUCGAGGUGGUUGGAAGAAGGGCAUUGUACUUGCCCAAAAACAGGACAAAUGCUGCCCAGCACUCGCCUUGUUCCGAAUCGGGCUUUGAGGAAUUUGAUCAUGCAGUGGUGCACUGCUUAUGGAAUUCCGUAUGACCCUCCAGAGUCUGCAGAUGCAUCAGCAAACAGCUUUGCGGCUGCUUCUCCCUCCAAGGCUGCACUUGCAGCCAAUAAAGCGACGGCAGGGCUUCUAAUCCAACGGCUGGAGGAUGGGUCACCAUGUGCACAAACUAUAGCUGCUCGCGAACUUCGAUUGCUGGCAAAAACAGGAAGAGAAAACCGUGCUUUCAUUGCGGAAGCUGGGGCAAUUCCCCAUCUUUGUAAGUUACUCUUGUCUCCAAACUCUGUUGCCCAAGAGAAUUCUGUAACUGCAAUGCUCAACUUAUCGAUAUAUGAAAAAAACAAAAGCCGAAUUGUUGACGAAGAAGGGUGUUUGGGGUCCAUUGUUAAUGUUCUGAGGUUUGGGCACACGACUGAGGCGAGGGAGAAUGCUGCAGCAACUUUAUUUAGUCUCUCUGCAGUUCAUGACUAUAAGAAGAGAAUAGCAGACGAGGAAGGGGGAAUCGAAGCUUUGGGGAUUGUUGAGAGAGGUACCCCAAGAGGAAAGAAGGACGCCGUGACAGCUUUGUUUAACCUGUCGACUCACACUGAAAAUUGCAUGAGAAUGAUAGAGGCUGGGGCUGUUACAGCGCUUCUAAGCGCAUUGGGAAACGAAGGGGUUGCUGAGGAAGCAGCUGGUGCAUUGGCAUUGAUUGUCAGGCAGCCUAUUGCGGCUAAAGCGGUGGCAAAAGAGGACAUUGCAGUGGCAGGUUUGAUAGGGAUGAUGCGUUGCGGGACUCCAAGGGGUAAAGAAAAUGCAGUUGCAGCUUUGCUCGAGCUGUGUCGAUGCGGUGGAGCUGCUGCAACUGAGAGGGUAGUUAAGGCACCAGCUUUGGCGGGGUUACUGCAGAUGUUGCUUUUUACCGGUACAAAGCGGGCAAGAAGAAAGGCAGCUUCUCUUGCUAGAGUGUUCCAAAGGUGUGAGAAUGCUGCAGCAAUGCAUUUUGGUGGUCUCGGCGUGGGAUAUGCACUUGCAGGUAACUCGACUGCAAAUAGGGAUUCGAGUUUUGUAGGUGAUGUGUCAGUGCCGAUGUCCAUUUCCGUGCCUGUUUUAUAGUGGUAACAUCCCCCCCCCCCCGAUUCGUAGUAUUCCUUGCUCAUAUAUAUUUUCAUUUUUGUUGAACAUAUUUACACAUUCUUUCAUUGACAUUGGAGGUCAUAAAGAAGUCUAGUGCAAGAUUCGUAUACAUUGUAAUGUCCAGUGAUUUGGAAAACGAAACCAGAAACUGUUCAGAAAAAUUGCAAGACCGUUACAAAUUGAUAAACUGUAUUUUCAGGGGAUGUUUCUCA